UUAUUUAUUACAGCUCAUUUUGUUAUGGCUGAAUUGAUGCCCCUCUUUGAACAAAUUCGUCAAAGUGAUUGUGAAGGGUCACACAGUGCCACUCUUUGCACAAUUCGUGUGGGACAUUCUGUUGGUGCAGUAUUCCACAGAUCAGACUCCUCCACAAGCUCAUCAAUGGUUCGGGAAAGAACAGCAAAAAGCUCAGCAAUGGGCCGUACUUCCUUCAGUGCUGGUACCCCAGACUCCUCAUUCAGUGAGGAAGGAGGGUCAUCAUUCCAUCUACACGGUGGCAAACGCAAAGCCUCUGCACCAGUCACAUCCCGUUCAUCUUAUAAUACCUCAGACAGUCAACCAGGAAGCCGGUCAGGGAGUCGUCCUCCAUCAAGAGGUCCGGGGUCACGUCCAGGCUCACGGCCUCCAAGUCGAGCAGGCUCGGAAGUAUCUCUAGACUCGUAUGAUGGGGGUCGGACACCUACGAAGCGCACGCCUUCAUUUACAGGUCGCACACGUGGUGCACCGUCUAGUCAGACUUCUGGGGUUCAGCGGUCAUCAUCUCUUAGAAAGGCCUCAGCCCCUGUCAAGUCCUCCACAGGCACUGUCAACGGUACUGGGACACGUGCCAUCUCUGUUUCUUCAAGGUCGCGUAGUAUGCCAAGGACUCCAUCAGUAUCCAGUAUUCCUGUGGCUGUGGCUGCUUCAUCCAGGUUAUAUUCACCGACUCUGUCCAGUCGAUUGAAAGAGGCAGGAAUUAGGACCAAAAUUCCGGUUCUUGUGAGUCCUGCCUCUGAUUGGGAACGGACUAACCUAUCUGGCUCCACAUCUAACCUGAAUGUACCAGGGACACCCCUCAGGUCCCGAACUUCUUCAACUACUAGUCUUAACUCCAAUCAUUCCACAAGCAAAAUACCAACUCUGAGACAAAAAAUGUCCACCACACAAACCACCACUUCAAAGACUUCUACAACAUCCAGGUAAUAAUUUUUAUUAAUUAAAUAUUGUAAUUCAUCAUAAUGGUUUAUUAACCCUUUCAGGGUCCUGACUGUCGAUCUGAAACUCUUAUCCACAGGGUCCAAGACCCCCCCCCCCAAA